AUAUUUCCUUCUCAGAAGCUCACUAACAAAAUGAAUACUACAGAUUUCGGUACAACAGAAUAUUUUGAUGCAGACUACGCUUCUCUAAUUACAGCACCUUGUUCCAAGUUGGAAGUCAGGAGCUUCACAAAAGCGUUUCUGCCAGUUGCAUACUCUCUGAUUUGUAUCGUCGGCCUGGUUGGUAACAUCUUCGUAGUGAUGACCUUCGCGUUAUAUGAACGAACCAAGUCCAUGACGGAUGUGUACCUCUUCAACAUGGCCAUAGCGGACAUACUCUUUGUGCUGACUCUCCCGCUGUGGGCAGUGAAUUAUGCUGCUGACAAAUGGAUUUUUGGUAAUUUCAUUUGCAAAAUGGCCAGAGGUAUCUAUGCAGUCAACUUCAGCUGUGGCAUGCUGCUUUUGGCCUUUAUCAGUGUGGACCGCUACAUCGCAAUUGUGCAGGCAACAAAGUCAUUUAAACUCAGGGCAAGAACGCUUGCAUACAGUAAAUUGAUUUGUUUGGCUGUGUGGGCAUCAGCUAUCUUAAUCUCCAGUUCCUCUUUUCUAUACAGUGCAAGUUAUAACAUCUCCAUUAAUGAAACCAAAGAGAUUUGCGAUCACAGAUUUGACAAAAUGUCUGACAGCACUGUCCUGAAAUCACUGCUGCUGUGUCUACAAGUGGGAUUUGGAUUUUUUAUACCUUUCAUAUUCAUGAUUUUUUGUUAUGCAUUCAUUGUCAAAUCCUUACAACAAGCCCAGAAUUCCAAAAGAAACAAAGCAAUCAAUGUGAUUGUAUUAAUUGUAGCUGUUUUCCUAGUUUGCCAGGUGCCCUAUAACACUGUUCUUCUUGUGGCAGUUGCACAUAUGGGCAGGAAAGAGAAAUCUUGUGACUUUGAAAAGGGAAUGGCCUAUGCAAAAUAUAUCACUGAGACCAUAGCAUUUUUACACUGUUGCUUGAACCCUGUACUCUAUGCGUUUAUUGGAGUGAAGUUUAGAAGUUAUUUUGUGAAGAUCAUGAAGGACCUUUGGUGCAUGAGGUACAAGAAAUACAAUAAACGUAGUUCAAAGACAAAUUCUGACAUUUAUCAUUCACGACAAACAAGUGAAAUUCUGACUGACAAUGCAUCUUCUUUUACUAUAUGA